UGACAGGCCAAUACAUGUUUAACAUUAUACUGUUGGCACUUUACCAACUUUCAAGUAACUACGCAGUUCAAACAUUUAGAGGAAUUGAAAGAGGAUAAUAACCAGUUUGUCGAUUUACACCAAAAACAAAGGUAUUUGAAUGUUGUCCUGUGAACACCAGUAUGUCGUUCCUUAGAAUAAAGUUACGGCAGCAUGUACGCCAAAAGAAUAAAAGUGAUAAAUGUGUUGAAACAGAUGAGGUCACAGCAAAUCAUCCUCUUACCCUCAAGAUUUAAAUGAAACAGUAUAGGGAAAGACUGAAAGAGUGUCCAGCAUUAUAUAAAGCGUACAAAGAUAAGGAAGCGGCGAGGGGGAGACAGUAUCGAGCUUCUUUAAGCGAUGCUAAAAAGAAAGACCAAAGAGAAAAAACUCGUUUACUAGUCCAGAAAUGGAGAGACCAGCAAAAAUUAAAAAUGAACUUUAAUAUGAAUCAAGCAACAACUUCGAAACCUAAACAUUCUGUAAGUGUGAAAACAAGAGUACAAAAGAAACAACAGGAGAAAUGGAGAAUAAACAAACAAAAACAAAGAGCCAACAUGACCGCUCAGAAAAAACGACGUAUACACGAAAAAAGAAGAGCAAAAUAUAAUGAGAAAAAAAAACAAAUCACAAGAACUAAGAAAGAAAAGCCAAUCAAGGAAUCAAGCAUUCAAGAAGACGGCUACAAAACAGAGGAUGCUAAAAGAAAAGCUGUUUACCGAGCAAAACAGACCCUACCAUCAGAACAAAAAAAAAUUGCCCAAGUGAUGUCAAAAUUGACAGAAAGUGCGUCGCCUAGAAAAAGAAAAGCUCUAGACCAAGAAGGAUUUUUUACACCAGCUGUGAAAAAGAGGCAUAUUGAUUUUGUAAAACAGUAUCAGAAGGAAAUGCAAGAAACAAAAAUGAAGCGGUCAAGGUAUCAUCUGAAUCGUAGAAGACACAUUGCAAGUAUUGCAAAAAUUACCACUAAAGAAAGAACAGAAUUUGGUUUCAGUUGGGGUUUUGCCUAUAAAGCGUCACAAAUUGACGGAAUCUGGCAGCAAAAGAAAAAUAAAAAUGCAAUGGAUGAGUCAGCAGUAGGACACAUUCAGCAAUUCUUUAAAAAAUCAGGUAUUUCCACCUGUUUGCCUAAUAAAAAACUAGUAAGUACAAAAACUAUGGAACCCAGAAGAGUUCUAAAGAACAGCUUAAAGCAAACUUACCUGGACUUUAGGGAGGAAAAUCCAGAAUGUGUCGUUAGCUUUCCUAAAUUUGUAUCGCUGAGGCCCAAGUCUGUGAAAACUAUGCAAAAAAACUACUUUAAUGGUUGUCUGUGCGAAUAUUGUGCAAACCUAGAGAUGAAAGUGAAAGCUUUAAAGAAGAUUGUUCCAAAAGUCAAAGGAAAGGAGAGUGAAUUUGUAAUAAAUAGCCGAUAUGACCUAUUGAAAAUGACUCUGUGCGCAAGAAAGGAAGGCGCCAAAUUUAACGAAAGAGGGUGCAUUGACAGAAUGUGUAGUAAAUGUGGUCCCGUGAAAAUUGAAACCUAUGUAAAGUCAGCUCUUCAUAGAAGACAAGGAACAAAAUCCAAUACCAUCGAAUGGAGCAGAUGGGAAAACCAAACCUACAAGGACAAGCACGGUGAGAAGAAGACACGCAUAAUGUUGAGACUCAAACAAGGUACUGUGAACAUAUUCUUGAAAGAAUUAGUAGAUGAGGUUGUGCCAUACAGCCUACAUAUCCAUGUCGCAUCCUGGCAGCACAACCAGUUCAAUCAGUUAGUAAAAGAUGUUCCACACAACUGGGUAGUUUUUUGCAUGGAAAACUCAGAAAACUAUCAGUGCCUUUAUCAGGACGAGGCGCAAAGUGCCCACUGGUCGCACGAUCAAGCCACACUCUUCUCCAUAGUUGCAUACAGCAAAUGUCCAGCAUGUAAAGAAAUUAUGCAUGAAAGCCUUGUGUUUGUGUCCGAUGAGAAACAACAUGACAGUCAUGCUGUCCACCACUAUGUUACUUUAGCUAACCAGCAUUUAUUGGAAACACGUGGAUUGACAAUUGAACGAGAAAUUCAUUUUUCUGAUGGGGCGUCAAGUCAGUUCAAAUCGAAGACACCAUUUGCAGACGUAGCCCAUAGUGUUGACGAUUAUGGCUUUCCAUGCGAGAAGCAUUUUUUUGGGUCCAGACACGGGAAGGGGCCCUGUGAUGGUGAAUUUGGCGUAUUGAAGCGUUCAGUUUCCAUGGCAGUACUAUCAAGACGGGCAGUGGUAAGAAAUGCUCAGGAAUUUUAUGAACACUGUUCUUUGGAACUCACAAAACCAAAGGUUGAACCAGAGAGUAGUUGUUGCCACAGUAGACGUACAUUUUUCUAUGUACAGGAAAGUGAAAUACCACCAAAGUGUUCAAGAUCUAACCGUAUCAAUGCCAAACCAGUAUCGCAAACCAGAAAGCUGCAUGCAAUAAAGCCAAGUGUGGAAAGCAAAAUUGCUUUGUCUAAACGUUUGUUAAGCUGUUUCUGCAAGUUUUGUGUAGGUGAGCAGGGGGACAAGUGUUCCAAUAUAACACAUGUUGAUGAUUGGCAGCCUGAGGGUCGAGAAAAUAGGAAAGGUUCUAUGGUCAAGAAGGAAAAUUCAAAGACCAAGAAGGGAAUUUCAAAGGUGAAGAAGGAAAGUGCAAAAGUCAAGAAUAAAAACCCAAAUGUCAAGAAGGAAAGUCCAAAGAUCAAGCAGGCAAGCGAAGCGCAUGUCAAAGUAGGUAAAGACCAAACAGAGGAGAAUGAGACAGUGGAUGACCCUGAAUCAAUAAAUGUGGACAAGCUCAUCCUUGAAUGUUCCACAUUCAGUGACCUGACAAAAGCUGUUAAAAAACUAGACAUUGAAGAGUUGCCCAAAAUUUCUGCCAGAACAUUUUGUAAUACUGGAUGUGUAGUUGACAACGAUAGUUUACCUCUUGUUCCUGGGGACAUACCGCUAAAACCUAACAGUCAGUUAUUCCCUUGUGCUAUUUAUGGAGAUGGAAAUUGUCUACCAAGGUCUGCGAGUGUCCUGGUUUAUGGUAGUGAAGAAAAUUUCAAAGAAAUGAGAAAAAGAAUGGUCAUUGAACUUACCAGAAAUGAAGCCUAUUAUCUUGACAAAGCAUUCAUGAAGAAGGGAAAACAAGACAGUGCACAAGAUGAUGUACCAAAAUCUUUUGCACACCUUUCAAGUUUGUAUAUGGGUGAGCAGCUAACAAAGAGUGAGGCCAAACGUCUCUACGAGAAAGAAGUCUUAGAAAUCAGGAAGUCGGGUGCGUAUAUGGGUCUUUGGCAAAUUGCUUGUCUGGCAAACAUACUAAGAUGUCCAGUAGUGUCUGUCUGCCCAACUUAUGGAACACAUACUGUUAGAAAGGAUAUGCACAGGGUCUUUUAUCCAUUCAAUGAAGAAUUCCAUGCAAGUCAACCAGUGUUCAUCAUGUGGACAAGUCUUGGUGGAAUUCAGAAAGAAGAAAAGGACUUUUCACUAAAUCACUUCGACGUUUUGAUGCCUAUGACUAACUCUAUGGAUGCCGACCUCGCUGAUUACAUGGUUGACGACAGUUAUGAAUUGAGUGACUCAGCAAAUUCUGGUAUCUUGAAGAUUAUCGCAGAAAAAGAUGAACAAGAAACUUUGAAGACUGCCUCAAAUACUGCUGAAUUACCCGACUCUGAGACAUUCGUGCCACCUGAACCUGAGCCAGGCAACACACCUUCCCCUGAAACGUCUGAGACAACUUCCCAUGAGAAUGAUGAGACAGUGAAGCAACAAGUACAAAACUCUGAGCCUAGUGCUAACCCUGUUGCUGAGAAGGAUCUCCCAUCCAGGACCAAGACUGAGCUCCAGCUUAGUGCUGAGAUGGACUUACCAUCUUGUGCUGAGACAAACCAGUCACCUUGUGCUGAGAUGGACUUUUCACCUAGUACUGAGACUGACCUUCAAGCAGAGAAUGCCUCAAGUGUUACCCCUGUUGCUGAGAAGGAUCUUCCAUCCAGGGCCAAGAUGAAUCUCCAGCUUAGUGCGGAGACAGACUUCCCACCUAGUGUUAAGACAAACAGGCCACCUAGUGCUGAGAUGGACCUCACUUCUUACGCCGAGAAUAAUCUUCAACCAAAGAAUGCCUCAAGGUCUGACAGAAGUCCAGUGUUGACACCAUACCCAAUGGAGCAGGAACCAAGUCCAGAUCCCACUGAGCAGGAAUCAAGCCCAACCUCCAUUGAAAAAGAAGCUAGCACAAAUUGCAAGGAUCAAGGAACAGGCUCGAACAUCAUGGUAGAGCAACAAGACCUGACAAAGCAAAUGAGAAUGUCCCAAGCUACAAAUAAUUCACAGGCUCUGUCAAUGAGAUUGUCAGAGGUUCUUGCUGAUAUAGGAUUGGACAAGAGAACUGUGAAGAAGAGGAGAAUAGCAGAGCAGCUUUUAGAAUCUUCGGAAAGAAUAUCAAUAGAACUACGGGGUUAUAAUGUUACAGGUUUUAGUUUCGGCAGUCAGAUAGAGGGAACAACAACAAGAGGACUUAAGUCUGACCGUGACAGGCUUUACUGUCUUAAUCCUGUUAAAGUAAUACAAGAUUUGAGUGAAUGGAUACCAGGAGUAGCAAAUUACAUGAUGAUCCAGGAUGACACUGUAGAACCUGGUUACUGUUUACUACAACUUUUGGAUCAUAAUGAUCCUCUUCCAGCCACACUUGUACCUGAUCAAGUCCUCAGUUACUUUGCAGGAAGAAUUUUACCUGAUCAACACUUCAGAGACAAGUCAGGAAGAAUUCUACUAAAGAAUACAUAUUUCCCUGUAAUAUGCGAUGCAACAGAUGCUAUGGAAACUUCUCCUCAUAAAGGAGUUAGACAUGGUCCGGCCCACACAACAACUACACAUAAUCAGGGUAUCAGCAAUGACACUGUUCUUGCUUUUUUCUGUCAAUCAUGGCCUCUACAAGCUAGUCAAUGGAUAGAGCAGCAAGGUGUAGGUCAUUGGCCUUCAGAUGACAUGAAGAUAUAUUGUAGCAAUACUGUAUGUUUUGUUGUUGGAGUUGGACGCAAGGGCAGUGUUAAUGAAGAGCUUGAAUGGAGAAUAUCAACAUCUUUAGCAGAAAGGCGAUUAAUGUUCAGUCUCAAUAUCACACAGAUUCGGUGUUAUGUAUUGAUGAAGAUGUUGGUAAAAACUUUCAUCAAUCCAUACUAUGAAGAUGCCAUUUCAAGUUUUAUGUGUAAAACAGUGCUAUUCCAAACAAUUGCAAUUACACAUCCUACUAGUAAUUUCUGGAGAAAACGUAACUUAAUUUCAUGUCUCACAAAGUGCUUAUCAGUCCUCUACAACUGUGUUUUGAAUGAAAGCUGUCCACAUUUCAUCAUACCAGGAAACAAUCUGAUGGCAGGGCAUAUUUCCCAUGAAUUUAAACCUCACAUUCUUGAAAUGUUGCGGAAUAUUAUAAAUAGUAAAGGAAAGGCAUUACUGCAGAUAAAAUGUGAUAAGCUUGGUGCAAAGCUUCAGGUCAAUAAUACUCUUUCAAGCCAAUUCAUUUUUAUGGAUGGCGUAAUUCCUGGAUUAAGAUUAUUAGACACAACGCACUUUAAAUGCUACAUAGAAAUCUGUCUACAUUAUAUUAGCAAAAGUUACUGCAGUUAUGAAGUGGCUAUACAAACACUGCUGAAAUAUAUUUUCAAACUAAACAGUAUUUCUAAUCGUGGGCAUGAAAUGGACCAAAGGGCUUGCACUCUUCUUACACCAUGGUUCUAUACAACACUGGGAUCUGUCCUGGCAUCGCGCAGCAUUCAACAGUACAACUGUAUAUCAGAAAAUGCUAAGGACUGGACCUCAAUGGGUCUGAACACAGAUGUUGCAUCUAGUAAACUGAAGAAAGCAUCCAUGUUUUACUGUAUUGGGGAUAGCCAAACAACAGAAAUUGUCCUCAAAGAUAUUGAGGGAAACUAUGACCAAACUAGGGUUGAACCUAUCUGUAUAUGCCAUGCAUUCCCAAAUGAACUUACUAGUUUACCGAGAACAGGAUUUAACAUAAUAUCUAACGAUCAUAAUGAAGAAGCUUUACAGUAUAUUGCAGCAUUUUGUGUCAGAUAUCUACCAUGUGAAAUUCACUGUGUUCCACAUGAACUAAGGUAUGAAAUGUUCAGAUCUACAAAAGAUGACCUUGCAUUCAGAUAUAAAAUUGACUGUUGGAUGGAUUUGGCAGUAGCAGAUUCCCUCCCUUACUUGUACUUUCUACAAUACAAGACCUACAGCUAUCUUGGAAAACAAGAAGAUAAGCAAAGAGCACUUUCCAAUCUUCUCAAAACUAUUGACCAGGAACCAAACCUUGGACACAGGGAAACAGCCCUAAAUCUACUUGGACAAUGUAUGGAAAGAGAAGACAGAGUAAAUGAUGCUUCAAACUGUUAUAUACUAUCUCUCAGUCUGAGGGAAAGAAACAAUGCCGCUAACAUCCAUAUAUGUAGGCUUCUGUCUAAACUGGUAACUGACUCGACUCGAAACCAAACAUUUCAAUAAAGCUUCACCGUGAGAUGAUUUUGGAGAUAAAGUCCAUCAAGGAUUGAUUUUGAAGAUGAAGUCCAGACAAAAUCUGAAUGUAUAAACUAAAGCUUGGAUCACUUUCUGACAAAAAUUGCUAAGCGCAGUCAAUAACAGGAUCACAUUUACAAUUUCAAAGUUUAACAAUGGUAUUGCUAAUGAUGACCUAAACAUGGUGAAAUUCAAAAUCAUUGUAGACACGGGAAAAGCUAACUUUGGAAUUCUUGUACACAAAAGCCUGUAUAUACAUAGUUUAUGUUUAAAAUGUAUUAUGAUUACUGACAAUAAACUAGAAGAUGCUUU